AUGGCUGCCUCCAUUACUGUUUCGCCGAGCAAAAUGGGCAUUUUCAUUGCGUUGAUGGCGCUGUCUCUGCUUCCUGAGUAUGCACUAGGUGUAACCAGGCAUUAUGAGUUCAAUAUUACGAUGCAAAAGGUGACACGAUUGUGCCACACGAAGAGUAUGGUGACUGUAAAUGGAAAGUUUCCGGGGCCUCGGAUUGUGGCCCGAGAGGGUGAUCGGCUGCUCAUCAAAACAGGGCAGAGCUACGUUUAUAAUUACACCAUCGUAGGCCAAAGAGGAACCCUGUGGUGGCACGCACACAUUUCAUGGCUGAGAUCAACCGUGUACGGACCUAUCAUCAUUCUGCCAAAGAAAGAUGUUCUCUACCCAUUCCAAAAGCCAUACAAGGAAGUCCCGGUCAUCUUCGGUGAAUGGUUCAAUACCGAUACCGAGGCCAUCAUCACCCAAGCUUUGAAAACCGGUGGCGGCCCGAACGUCUCCGAUGCCUAUACCAUCAAUGGCCUUCCUGGUCCUCUCUACAAUUGCUCCGCCAAAGACACAUUUAAACUGAGAGUGAAGCCUGGAAAGACAUACCUACUCCGGAUGAUCAACGCUGCACUGAAUGAUGAACUCUUCUUCAGCAUUGCCAACCACACACUCACGGUGGUCGACGCUGACGCGGUUUACGUCAAACCUUUUGAGACAGACAUACUUCUGAUAGCACCCGGCCAGACUUAUAACGUUCUUCUCAAGACCAAACCGACAUUUCCAGGAGCCAGUUUCCUGAUGACCGCCAGACCCUAUGCAACCGGGCAAGGCACCUUUGACAAUUCUACAGUGGCUGGAAUCUUGGAAUACGAAUCCCAACCAAUCACGUCUCUGAAGAAGCUCCCACUCUUGAAACCAACUCUGCCUGCUCUGAAUGACACCAACUUUGCUACCAAAUUCUCAAAGAAACUCCGGAGCUUAGCAAGUCCGCAAUUCCCAGCCAAUGUUCCCCAGGAAGUGGACAAGCAUUUCUUCUUCACCGUAGGCCUGGGAACAAACCCGUGCGAUCAGCCCGGAGGGUGCCAAGGCCCAACAAAUACGACCAAAUUCGCAGCAUCCAUCAGCAACAUAUCAUUCAUACAGCCAACCACGGCACUUCUCCAAUCCCACUUCACGGGCCUAUCCAGCGGAGUGUACAGCCCAAAUUUCCCAUACAGCCCACAUUGGUUCAACUUCACCGGAACUCCUCCAAACAACACCAUGGUUUCCAACGGAACAAAAUUGAUGGUCUUACCAUUCAACACCAGCGUGGAGUUGGUGAUGCAGGACACCACCAUUCUGGGUGCCGAAAGCCACCCGCUCCAUCUCCACGGCUUCAACUUCUUCGUUGUCGGACAAGGGUUCGGGAACUACGACCCGAAAAAGGACCCGAAGAACUUCAAUCUGGUGGACCCCGUCGAAAGGAACACCGUCGGUGUCCCACCCGGCGGUUGGGUUGCCAUCCGGUUCUUCGCCGAUAAUCCAGGGGUGUGGUUCAUGCACUGUCACCUGGAAGUCCACACGAGCUGGGGAUUGAAGAUGGCUUGGCUCGUCUUAGACGGAGACCUUCCCAACCAGAAGCUGCUUCCUCCGCCGGCGGAUCUUCCCAAAUGCUAA